AUGGCUACACAGCGUCUUGUAAUGGUUCUAGGCCUGAUAUGGCUGAGAAUCUUCGGCAUCGCGACCGGCUUAACGGUCAAGGGUGUGCCGUUUCCCAGCCUGAUUGAUGUGACUAUUGACGAGUUGGCCGAGGGCCUUGAGAACGGCCUCUUCACCAGCGUUGACCUCGUUCAUGCCUAUCUCGGUCGCAUCGAACAAGUGAACAGUACGCUCAAUGCCGUGACCGAGGCGAACCCCGAUGCUCUCUCUAUUGCCGCCGACUUGGACGCUGCGCGUGCCAAUGGCACUGUCAAGGGUCCGCUCCACGGCAUUCCCAUUCUCAUCAAGAACAACAUUGCGACUGCCGAUCAAAUGAACAACACUGCGGGCUCGUGGGCUUUGCUAGGUGCCAAAGUACCCCAAGACAGCUUCAUGGCCAAAAAGCUACGAGACGCCGGCGCGAUUAUCCUGGGCAAGACCAACCUCAGCCAGUGGGCCAACUUUCGGAGCAACAACACGAGCAACGGAUGGUCUGCGUACGGUGGCCAGGUCUAUGCUGCUUACUAUCCUCAGCAAGAUCCGAGUGGAAGCUCCAGCGGUAGUGGUGUGGCCUCUGAUCUUGGCCUCGCACUUGCCGCCUUGGGUACCGAGACCGAUGGCUCAAUUGUCUCCCCCUCUCAGCGCAAUAACCUCGUCGGCAUCAAGCCAACCGUUGGUCUGACAUCCCGACACCUCGUGAUACCCAUCAGCGAGCACCAAGACACUAUCGGACCUAUGGCCCGGACCGUGAAGGACGCCGCGUACAUCUUACACGCCAUCGCCGGCGUAGACCCCAACGACAAUUAUACAUCAGCCAUCCCCAACAAUGGCGAGAUACCUAAUUACCCGGCAGCUUGCGACUUGUACGCGCUCCGUGGCGCUCGCAUCGGUAUUCCUCGCAACGCCAUCGAGCUCUUCUCCGACAACAACACUGUGACUGAAACGGACGCUUUUGAGGAGACUCUCAAGGUUUUCAAGUCUGCUGGCGCCGUCAUUGUCGACAACGCAAACUUCACAGCCGCAGAGCAGUUGGCAACGUCCAACUCCGAGACCAUUGUCCUAAACGCAGACUUCAUCUCGAACUUGGCGUCCUAUCUUGCCGAACUGACGGUCAAACCAAACAAUGUCAAGUCUUUGACAGACGUGCGCGAGUUUACGCAGUCAUUUGGCCUCGAGGACUACCCGGAUCGCAACACGGGUGUCUGGGACGAGGCCCUCGAUGAGCAAGGGUUCAACAACACCGACCCGCGAUUCUGGGCGGCCUGGCAAGAGGAUGCGUAUCUCGGUGGUGAGGGUGGGCUAUUCGGGACACUGGAGAGACAUGACCUCGACGCUGUGAUCCUGCCGACUAGCUUCUCCAGCACAUGGGCCGCCAUCGUUGGAGCACCUGUGGUGACAGUCCCCCUGGGUUUCUACCCCGCGAAUGCAACGGUGAUUAAGAAUACCAGGGGCAACCUCGUUGACACUGGCCCUCAUGUCCCGUUCGGUAUCAGCUUCCUCGGUGCAAAAUUCUCCGAAGCAAAGCUCAUCAGCCUGGCCUAUGCCUAUGAGCAAAGGACCGCGACAAGGGAUAAGGUCCAGCCAUACAUCACACCCAAUGUAGAGAUUGGCGACUAUGCUGGGUACUAG